AUGAGCUCAUCAAACCCUCCCAGUUUGCCCAUAUACUUUCUCUCCCAUGGGGGACCUCCAAUUCUCGAUUGGAAACACCACCCAGCCUAUUCAGCUUUUCAAAGGUUUGGGAAAGAAGUCGUCAAUUUGAAGCCCAAGGGAAUAAUUGUGAUAUCAGCUCACUUCGCUGGAAAUCGCGACGAGAUUUUCAUUAAUGCAGCCGAGUUCACUGACUUGAGGACAGGGUUCCCAAAACAUUACUACCAGAAGAAGUUUCCUCACAAGGGAAGCCCGGAGUUAGCAACUGAGAUCUCCGAGAUUUUAGCAUCCGAAAACAUCAAGUCUCGGCUUGUCAAGCGCGGCCUAGAUCAUGGGGUCUGGAUCCCGUUCAGUAUCGCGUUUGACUCCAAUAACCCGUUAGAGGUACCGAUCGUUCAGGUUUCCAUCUACUCCAAUGAGAAUCCGGACAAACACAUUGCUCUUGGAAAGGCUCUUGCGUCAUUGAGGCAGUCCUAUGUGAUUGUGAAUUCAGGCCAAGCCGUACACAACCUACGGGACUUCAGUUUCGACGAAACCGCCGUUUUACCAUAUGUCAAGCCAUUCGACAAAGCGCUCGAGGCGGCUAUGACAGAGAACGUCGGCGAAGAGCGAGAGGAGGCGAUGCUAAGACUUCUGAAAAGGUCAGACGCUCGAGCAGCUCACCCAACAUUUGACCACAUACUGCCCAUUUACGUCGCAAUAGGGGCAGGAAGCAAUUCCCGGGGUAAACAAAUAUUCAACCACCGCGAAGGGAGCCUGGGCUGGGCACAAUACCGUUUGGAUAAGAUGUAA